UCAAUCUGCUCUUGGCUAGCAGGCCUCUGAGAGGAAAAUAGCUGAAAAUGUUUUUGGUUGGGUAGCGUCUGUGAUCAAUGUUUUGCACCCCUUCCGCUUAGUGAGAGACAGAAAUGGAUGUUUUUUUAAAGGAACUCUUGGAGCCUUCUCAAAGGGAUGCGUUCAACCACCUGACACAGAUGGAAACAGCCACUGCUUGCAACUUUAAGAACUCACUGAAAGAACACAGUUUGUUCUCGGCGAAUAUCGGCCUCCCCAGCCCUUUGAUCCACCGCUGCAGCCAGUGGCCAGCCUACACCACUUUAACGUCUCCGAUGGUCAAAAUGCUAGUGGAGCAAGACGAGGUGAGGAAGGCUGGGUCCCAGGGAACAUCUGAGGAAUGCAGACAGGGAAUGGGCAGCAGCAGAAGCAGCGAGGGCAACACGCCAGGACGAAAGCCAAGUGAUGGGUCUCAGGAAGCAGGUUUUACUGGGACAACCCAAGAGUCAUCAAGGCCAAAUGAAGAUAGCAGACCCCUUAGGAUUGCCAGGGGCUCUCCAGCAAACACCAAGGGCUUGGUUUUCCAGAGUAGUUCAUCCUCAGCAGGACCCCCAAUUAAAGGCAAUAAGGUUAUUUUCUCCAGUAAACCCCACUUCCGUGUGCUACCAUAUGGCUCCCAGAUGUCUCCCAGCAAGCAGAAAUCAACUGCCUGCAGUUAGAAAAAUAGAUCUCAAGUGUUCUGCUUCACCACUCUGGACUGCAUUAAAGUUCAUCUGCAAAUGACUGUUCAGGGGUUGGGUUGGUUUUUAAUCAUAGUCUUAAAAGCCCCACUUGAACUUGUUUGGAUGAUGGCAUGAAGGGUAGAAUGAUGCUUACACAGCAUACGGAAUGCUGUCUUAGGAAACGCCCUACAAGGGGGUAUAAUGUAGAACACAGCAUACAAAUGUUUACACAGGCACACACAGAUCUACACGUUCUGGACCUAAUUCUUUGCUCCCUUGCACCACGUGUCUUCAUUUGCAUCCCCACAAAGUGAGCAUAACAUUUAGCAAUGUUUACAUUCAGUGGACUGGUGGAACUGACUUUUCACUGGUAGACAUGACUAGGCAAAGUAUCAGUGAAUCAGAUUAUAAUGAUCAUAAUAAUGAAUAAUGAAUAGUGUAAUCAACUGGCUCUUAGAGUACUGACUUUAGGUGAAUACAGCAAGCCUUUAUUAAAGCACAUCAAAAUGGAGUGAGUCCAGCAGCCCAUUUAUAUAUUUAUGUGAAUAUCAUCCUAUAAAGAGUCAAAGAUUCUCCAUUGCACUGUAGCUUGUGUGGUCAUUUAUGCCAGAGCAAAGUGGGUAUAAGAUGCUGCUUAACCAGAACAGCCUGACUCUUAUUUACAUUAAAGCCACUUUACAUCACUCAAGCAGCGUAACGUGAUGGUUGGUUACACUGCCCAAAUGGUGUUGAGUGGCCAUAGUGCAAACGAGAAUCAAACCCAGACCCUUUGCACUGGUGAAAGUCACUAUCACAGAGCAGGGCAAUGGCUGAUCAGGCCCGUAAGCAUUCCGUGUCACGAGAACAGAUGUUCAUCUUGUGAUGUUGUACCCAUAAUGCUUUAUAGAAAUAUGCUUAUAAAUGUAAAUAUGCCAUAACUGGAAUAUGUUUUAUGCUACAUAUGCCAUGUAACAGAUCUCUGCAAAGGUUAUGAUCUACUGAAUGAAUUCAUCUGAUUUGUAUCAUUUUAGUUUUCGAAGUUAUGAAUAUUGGCUAUGUACUUGUUUGAUUUUAAGUAGCCUCAGCUUCUUGAGAAAAGGUCAGCUUCUUGAGAAAAGACUAUUCUCAGUAAGUGCCCAGUCAUGAAACACUUAAUCUGACAAUAGACUUUGAUAGAUGCAAAUCCACAUCUGAGGUUUCUUGGGAACAUUCCUGUAGAGAACUAGGUCAUGCAUGGAUAUAUGACCUGCCCAGGUGACUCCAAAACUCCAUCUUGUAGAGGGGAUUCUACAGAGGGGAAGUGGGGGUUUCCAACCACAAUAGAGAAACUAUAUAAAGCCCUCGGAGACCCCUCCAUUUUGUCUUCAGCUGGCUCAAGAGGUAGCCUCUCCACCCACAAAGGAUACCUGAAAGAAACUGGAGCAAAGGACAAUAAGUGUGACUGAUUGCUGGACCCACACUAGAAGGAGGCUAGUCUGUAAAAAAAGCUCAUUGGAACAUUUCUGAGGGUGAGAUUUCACCAGUAAUCACUU